AAAAUGUUCUUUUUUUUUUCUUCGAAGAAAAACACAACUCCUUCCUCUGCUCCGUAGUUCAUCAGUCAAUCUCAAUCAUCAUUCGAUUGUUGGCAGAUUCUGCGCUAAAACCUCAUUUCCCAUCUUCAUACUCCGAGUGAGAGAUGUUGCAAUGCAUAUUUCUGCUAUCCGAUUCAGGAGAGAUUAUAUUGGAGAAACAGCUCACUGGGCAUCGUGUCGACCGAUCUAUAUGUGCCUGGUUCUGGGAGCAAUCCCUAUCUCAAGGUGAUUCCUUCAAGCUGCAGCCAGUAAUUGCUUCUCCAACACAUUAUCUUUUCCAAAUUGUUCGCGAGGGGAUCACUUUCUUGGCCUGCACCCAAGUUGAAAUGCCACCUCUAAUGGGAAUUGAGUUUCUCUGCAGAGUGGCUGAUGUUCUCACAGAUUAUCUUGGGGAGUUAAAUGAAGAUUUGAUCAAGGAUAACUUUGUCAUUGCAUAUGAGCUUCUGGAUGAGAUGAUAGACAAUGGCUUCCCCCUCACUACAGAACCUAACAUCCUGAGAGAAAUCAUAGCUCCACCGAAUCUUGUCAGUAAAGUAUUGAGUGUUGUGACUGGUAACAGUUCUAAUGUGAGCGACACCCUUCCGGGUGCAAUUGCAUCUCAUGUUCCAUGGAGAACAACAGAUCCAAAAUAUGCUAAAAAUGAAGUUAACGUUGAUCUUGUGGAAGAGAUGGAUGCAAUUCUAAACAGGGAUGGCCACUUGGUCAAGUGUGAAAUUUAUGGUGAGGUCCAAGUAAAUUCUCAUCUAUCAGGUCUCCCUGAUUUGACUCUUUCAUUUACAAACCCUUCUAUCCUUGAUGAUGUGAGAUUCCACCCAUGUGUUCGGUUUCGCCCAUGGGAGUCCCAUCAGAUCCUGUCAUUCGUGCCUCCUGAUGGACAGUUUAAGCUCAUGAGUUACAGGGUUAGAAAGUUGAAGAAUACUCCUAUAUAUGUAAAGCCUCAGUUUACCUCAGAUGCAGGAACAUGUCGCAUCAGUGUGUUAGUAGGAACUCGAAAUGAUCCUGGAAAGCCAAUCGACUCAAUAGACGUGCAGUUUCAAUUGCCCUCAUGCGUUUUAUCUGCUGACCUAACUUCAAAUUAUGGAACAGUGAACAUCCUAUCUAAUAAGAUCUGCUCUUGGACAAUUGGAAAGAUGCCAAAAGAUAAAACCCCAUCAAUGUCUGGAACAUUAACACUUGAGACAGGGUUACAACAGCUUCAUGUAUUUCCAACAUUUCAAGUGCGUUUUAAGAUUAUGGGCAUCGUCCUCUCUGGCCUGCAAGUAGAUAAACUUGAUGUGAAGAACCUACCAAACCAUCCUUACAAAGGCUUUCGAGCUCUCACACGAGCAGGGAAGUUCGAAGUCCGGUCAUAAGCUAUUGUGAUGAAUUUUCUGUUAAAACUUGUGAACCGAAGCAUGAUCUGAUGAACGAUGAAAGAAGUGUAGCAGACCAGAAAAACCUCCCCUGUUGUAAAGUUUGUCUAAAUGAUGCAUUUUGGUAGCUCAGAAGUGAUUCCUGUUUCAGUGAAAUUGAUAGUGUCGAUCUUUGGUUCCCUUUUCUUAUCAAGGAAUGAAGAAAUGUUAAAUUAGUGAGACAGGGAUUCGACAAUAUCAAAUUGUACAAUUCAAUAGCAAUUUGAUUUGGUGAUACGAAGUACAAUGUUUCAGCUAUUACAUCUGAAAA